UGAUAUGAUGACAUGACACAACACACAAACACACAACACACGCAGUCUCACACAUGACACCAAAUCUCAUCUUCAUCCUCAUCGACCACACCACACCCCUUUCUCUCUCUCUUUAAUUUCUCUCUCUAAAUCUCUACCAAUUCUCGAUCUGUGAAUUAUUGUUCUAGAUUUUUAACAAUUCUUUUUUAUUCAUGCUUUUUUAGAUUCCGAUUUACAUCGAUACAAAUUCAAUCAGGUUUAGAAAAAGAAUGAUAGCAUUGGUGAAUGAAUCUUCUAGAGAUUGAAUAAAGAAAAUGCCAGGAUUACCCCAAUUCAGUAAUGGUUCAUCGCAAUCACCAGCUAGGUACUCUCUUUCCGCCAAUGGAUUUUGGUCCAAGAAUCGUGACGAUGUUGGUUACAAUCAGCUUCACAAGUUCUGGAGUGAGCUGUCGCCACAAGCUCGGCAGGAACUUUUGAGGAUUGACAAGCAAACCCUUUUUGAGCAAGCGCGAAAAAAUAUGUACUGCUCGAGAUGCAAUGGAUUGCUUCUUGAAGGAUUUUUGCAGAUUGUUAUGUAUGGAAAAUCUUUGCAUCAAGAAGGAGGAGCAGGUGUUCAGUUUCCUUGUAACAGACUUGGGGGUUUCAAAAAUCAAAAGAGUGGUGGAUCAUCAUCAUCCAUUUCCAAUGGAGCCAAAGAUGAUAUUCAAGAUCCAUCUGUCCAUCCUUGGGGAGGUUUGACGACAACGCGUGAGGGUUCACUGACACUUAUGGACUGCUAUUUGUAUUCAAAGUCUCUGAAAGGACUGCAAAUUGUGUUUGAUGGAGCACGUGCUAGGGAGCGGGAAAGAGAACUGCUUUAUCCAGAUGCCUGUGGUGGGGGAGGUCGUGGUUGGAUAAGCCAAGGAAUAGUGAGCUAUGGUAGAGGGCAUGGGACAAGGGAAACCUGUGCCCUGCAUACUGCCAGACUUUCAUGUGAUACGCUGGUCGAUUUUUGGUCGGCACUUGGCGAGGAGACAAGACAAUCUCUUCUAAGGAUGAAGGAAGAAGAUUUUAUUGAGAGACUCAUGUUCAGGUUUGAUAGCAAGAGGUUUUGCCGAGAUUGUAGAAGAAAUGUUAUUCGAGAAUUCAAGGAGCUAAAAGAACUGAAGCGUAUGCGUAGAGAACCUCGUUGCACCAGUUGGUUUUGUGUUGCCGAUACUGCCUUUCAGUAUGAGGUAUCUGAUGACUCGAUUCAAGCUGAUUGGCGCCAAACAUUUGCGGAUACUAUGGGAUCGUAUCAUCACUUUGAGUGGGCUGUGGGGACAACAGAAGGAAAAUCAGACAUUUUGGAAUUCGAAAAUGUUGGAACAAAAGGACGUGUUCAAGUCAGUGGCCUAGAUCUUGGUGGUUUGAGUGCAUGCUUCAUUACCCUCCGAGCUUGGAAACUAGAUGGUCGAUGUUCUGAAUUUUGUGUUAAAGCUCAUGCGUUAAAGGGUCAACAGUGCGUACAUUGCAGGCUAAUUGUAGGGGAUGGCUAUGUUACAAUCACAAAAGGGGAAAGUAUAAAAAGAUUCUUUGAGCAUGCUGAAGAGGCAGAAGAAGAAGAGGAUGAUGAUUUGACAGACAAAGAUGGGAAUGAGAUUGAUGGAGACUGCACCCGUCCGCAAAAGCAUGCAAAGAGCCCUGAACUUGCUCGAGAAUUUCUUUUGGAUGCUGCUGUUGUUAUUUUCAAAGAGCAGGUAGAAAAGGCUUUCAGAGAAGGAACAGCACGUCAAAAUGCGCAUAGCAUAUUUGUUUGUCUUGCACUAAAACUGCUGGAGGAACGAGUUCAUGUAGCAUGCAAAGAGAUCAUUACAUUAGAAAAGCAGACGAAACUUCUUGAAGAAGAAGAAAAGGAAAAACGUGAAGAAGAAGAGCGCAAGGAGAGGAAAAGAACAAAAGAAAGGGAGAAAAAGCUUAGGAGAAAGGAAAGACUAAAAGGAAAGGAUAAAAUUAAAGAAAUAAAGCGUUCUGAGUCAAUCGAUGUUCCUAGCUCUCCUGAAGCCUCAAAGGAAAAUCUGUCCGCACCGGCUGAUAUUGAGCAAAAUGAUAAUGCUAUUACAUGCGAGAAUUCAGUUGUUGCAGCAGAUGAGGCUAAUUUAUCGCAGGGUGAUUAUCCUAACCUCCAAGAUGACGAUCUCUCGAGUGAGUGUAGUACUCUCAGAGCACAAGAACAUGCUUAUGAUGAUUACGAUGAAGACAUUGCAAAUGCACAUGACGUGAAUCAUACUUCCAAAGUUGAACAACCAACUUUUUAUCGUCAAAGACUUAGAUAUAGGAAUGAAUAUCAACUCGAUAUGUCUUCAAAGUGGUGUGACAAGCACCAUAAUGCAGUUGUUUCAGAAAAUGGAGGGAUGGCAGGAAGAUCUGAGCCAAGACACUAUGGAGACAACUUUGGAACAUCUUCCAGGGGAGUCAGUGGAUUGAACCGACAAUCAAAAAUAAAUGGUCGAAAUGUUGGUCAUAAUGGCAGUCACAAGUGUACUGAGAGGUUCUAUAGUUCCAACUACCGGAUGAGUGACAAAUAUGAUUACCAUUCUUGCAGUUGCAGCCUGAAUGGUAGAAUGACCAGAGGUAGUCGGGAGAUGAAAGCCGCUAGCAAGUCUGAAUCUGCAGUUGAUACAUCUAGGCAGUUCUAUCGUGGUAGUAGGUAUAAUCAAGUAGACUUAAUGCAUGACAGUGGCGGAAGACCCAAAAGCCGAGUCUUUGCAGGGAACUAUCCGAGCAGGGAUUUGCUUCACUUGAAGAAAGUUUGGGAGCCUACGGAAUCUCUCAAUAAGUAUGCCCGUCGUAAUUCCGACUCUGAUGUUACAUUGAGUUCCACAGGUCAAGUAUUUCAGUUUGAAGCAGUCAGGUCACCUGUUGAUGAAGUUGAUGAUUCAGGUGAAAGUGACAAUGAUGAUAGUGAUUUAAAGAGCAGUGGAAUGGCCGAAGGCUGUCAGAAUGAUCUUGAUGCAGAAGCUGAAGGAUCAUGCAGCUCCACAGAAAAUGGAUCCGAGGAACGUGAAAUAAGUGCGACGAGAGGAUCUGCCAUGAAUAAUUCUUCGGAUCACAGUCAAGGUAGCAAUUCUAGUUCUGAUAACUGUUCAUCGUGCCUAAGUGAGGGCGAUAAUAAUACAACCUCUUCAAACCGUGAAAAUACAGAAUCCUCAAAUUCAGAUUCAGAAGAUGCUAGCCAAAAAUACGAAGUAAGAGAUAGUUCAACCUGGAUUGACAAUGGCUUGUCUGGCUGUUACAAAGCUGUGAUCGAGAAAACUCACAAUGCAAAUGGUGAGGAUCUGUCAAGCAGGUCGCCAUCUGUUCCGUCCUUGGAUGUAGCUGAAAGUGAAGCAUUUGGGAAUCAUGUGUUUGAAAAUGGUUUUACUUCCACUAAUGUAUGUUCUCAACCUGAAAGCAUGCUUCCUCCAAUGCCAAACCGAAACAUACAAUUUCCUGUGUUUCAGACUCCUUCGGCAAUGGGUUACUAUCAUCAAAAUCCAGUUUCAUGGCAAUCGGCUCCUGCAAACGGUUUAAUGCCCUUCGUACACCCAAAUAACUAUUUAUAUUCUGGUCCUCUUGGAUAUAACUUAACCGAGGACCCGCGCUUCUGCUUGCAGUAUGGUGCCUUACAGCAACCAACACCUCAAUUUAAUUCUGCUGCUAUUCCAGUUUAUCAUCCAGUUGCGAGAGCUAAGGGCUUAAACGGAGAGGAACUGAGUCAAAUAUCUAAGUCAGCAUCCAUGCAAGAUCAUUUUAAUGAAUCUAUUGCAGAAAGGGUUGUUCCAGUUGCAGCUAAUUCCAGAAAAUCAGCAUUGAAUGGGGAAGACCGAUAUGGUAAUUCUGCGAAAUCACAAGAGAGUAAUGGUGGAUUUUCCUUGUUUCAUUUUGGUGGGCCUGUAGCCUUUUCAAAUGAACGCAAAACAGUUGCUGCAUCUUCGGAAAAUGUUGGAGAUUUUAACUCUAAAAUUUCGUUAGAUCAAGUCGAAAAAGACCGUGGUUGCAGUAAGAAAGAGACUGCUUUCGUAGAGGAAUACAACUUGUUUGCGGCAAGUAAUACCUUAAGGUUUUCAAUUUUCUAAAUGAGGUCCGAAGUAUAAGGGGACUGUUGUUGAGGUAUCUUGUAAUUUGGGAAACAAUAAGCUUCCUUCAGCAAUUUUUAAUUUUAUUUUAUAGAUUUGUCAGUUGAUUUUUUACCCAAUUUGUCUCUUUGUUUUGAUGUAGAAAAAGAUUGUGAGUGCUGGUUAUUUGAAGGAUUUUUAUUUUUUAUAUUUUUUAUGUGAGAUCACAGUUAUAAGUUUAAGGGUGGCAUUUGUUUGUGCCAAUUUUUUCCUUGUCAUAUUGCAAACCAAAGCUGCUUCAUUGUGGAAGCUAUAUGGAGGAUUUUGAAUGAACAUAUCAGUGAUUAAAGUGCUAUAUUUGUUUGACUUUGCUCAA